AUGUCGUAUAUGUUACCGCAUUUGGAGAAUGGUUGGCAGGUUAUUUUUUAUAAUACAAAUCAAUUCGCUAAAUUUGCUGAGAGGAUCAUAUUUUUCGGGAAAAAAAGCUAUGGUUUUAGGUGGACCAAGCCAUUCUAGCUGAAGAAGAUCGAGUUGUAGUUGUUCGUUUUGGUCACGAUUGGGACCCAACAUGCAUGCAAAUGGACGAGGUACUUUUCGCAAACAUAUUUUUUUACACCUCACUUUGUUCAUUGUAAACUGAUGUAUAAAUUUUCAAGACCUUGUUCAAAGUGGCUCCGAAAGUGAAAAACUUCGCCGUCGUUUAUUUGGUCGAUAUCACAAAGGUGAGCUUCCUUGCUAUGUGGCUAAAAUUUCAAAAAACUCAAUUUUCUGUUUUUUUUUUUUUGCGUUCAGAAUGUUUUAUAAUUGAUCUAGUAAUUUGAUUGAGAAAUUGUGGAGCAAGGUGAGACGUUGAAUUAUAUUCAAAAUUUUCAGGUUCCUGAUUUCAACAAGAUGUACGAGUUGUAUGAUCCCUGCACCGUCAUGUUUUUCUUCCGCAACAAGCACAUCAUGGUCGAUUUAGGUAAGCUUUCGUGACGUUUUCUUGGCGAUUUAUUCAAAAAUAGUUAUUUCGUCUUGAAGAGUUUCUGCUGGCAAACCUUCGAAUUAUUCAGUAAUAUUGUAGUACUGUCAUUAUGUUCUGAACUUAUUUCGGGAUUCGGUUUUCAAAGAGAACGAAAAAGUACAUCUCAUCGAAGUCUUUCCUAGCAAAUGUCUGCAAAAGUUAAUUCGGUUUACAUUAUUUUUUGCCUUUUUUGCCUCUUGAGAGCCUUUUUAAAUUGAUUCCGUAGCGAAAAUUGUUGUUUCAAUCUGGCAUGGUUAAGGUACUGGUAAUAACAACAAGAUCAAUUGGGCGGUCACCGAUGGACAGGAACUGAUCGAUGUAAUCGAAACUGUUUACAGGUGAGAGUAAAUUUCACUUUUUCCUUUUCUUUGGAACAUUUCAAAUUUAUCCGUUAAUUGAAUAUUUAGAAAAAGGAAACAGUCUUCUUUUGUGUGUUCCUUUAGGAAAAGUAUAAAAUUCGAUCUGUUUUUAUCCGUGUGCGAUUUGCCUAUGAAAUCUGAAAAGGUAACGAAACAUCAAAGAAACAAAACGGUGUUGUUCUGAAAUAACGUUUUUCGUCAUUUUCUCAUAUUUCUGUUUUUAUAAAUCUCGUUUCACCAGUUUUGAAAGGGGCAUAGGCGAAAUUUUUAGUGAUGUUCCAAAUAUAACACACUCGACAAAUGAAUGGUUUUGAUAUUGGUUAUAGAUUCUGGUAAAUAUCAAAAUUCAGAGCGAUGAUGGAAUUAGGAAAAUUGUUUCUGAGUUUUCAGGUAACUUUUUUUUAAACUUCCAAUUUACAGAGGUGCCCGAAAAGGCAGAGGUCUGGUCAUCUCUCCCAAGGACUAUUCUACAAAGUACAAGUACUGA